AUGAUUGCAGGUCCCGAUGGCACUACUGCAUGGAUCGUUUGCUUCGCAACUUUUGUCAUCAACUUCAUAAUGGCUGGAAUAUUUCGAGCUAGUGGCCUUUUAUUUGUAGGCAUCAUGGAAAGAUAUAGUACAGACAGAAGAAGUGCUUCAAUGCCGUUUACCAUCAAAUCUUCAAUUAGAAAUUUUUUGGGUCCUGUUGUAGGCAUUUUAGGCGCAAAAUUUGGUGCUCCUCCUGUAAUUAUAGCCGGUGGAAUAGCUGGAGCGACAAGUGCGGCAGCAUGUUUCUAUGUUACAGAGAUUAAUGGCCUUAUUAUUGUUUGGGGAGUCAUAAGCGGCAUCAGUUCAUCUUUAAUCACAAUUCUUCCCCAAGUUGUCCUUGGCCAAUAUUUUCAAAAGCAUAGAACUACUGCCAUCGGAAUAUCAUCUUCGGGAUCCUGCAUCGCAUCCUUCAUAGUCCCCUCUGUGAUUGAAAGAUCAUUAGACCUAUACGGAUUAGAAGGAACAUUUGUGGUAGUUGGUGCAAUAAUAAUGAACACGAUACCUGCAGCAAUGAUUCUACGAAAACCUCCAUGGUUGAAAAAACAUCAGGUCAAAGAAAAAACCUUGACAAAACUUUAA